UAUCAUUAUCAGGGUAAAACCCGAUGUUGCCUCUAAUGACUAAUUAGCCUAAUAUAAAUAAUGUGAUAAUGGUCCACCAACAGUUAUUUGAGGUCAGAAUGGCGCAGUGGUUGGUUAUAGCUUUUGCCUUAUUCGCAGGUACCGCCUCCGCGGCGUCGACUGCUUCCCGCAUAGUCGGCGGGCAGCUGACGACCAUCGACCGAUACCCAUCUCUUGUGCAAGUGGAAUUUCUGGGCAUCUUCACCAACACAUGGGGCCAAUCCUGUGCCGCCAACAUCCUUAACAAUUUUUACGUGCUGUCUGCAGCUCACUGCUUCGCUGGCUUAUUUUACGACCGCUCCCGUAGACGUAUACGAGGUGGCUCGACCUUCCGCAACACUGGCGGCGAAGUGAUCGGUAUCGUGCGAGAGUUCAAUCACCCCGACUACAACAUCAUCCCUGGCGAUGCUGACAUCAACGUCGUCCGCUUGAGAUCGCCCAUCAUCUACAACCCAGUGAUGCAGCGAGCGACGAUUGUGCCUCAGGGCUUUGAGAUUCCUGACAAUAUGCCCGUUGUUCAUGCUGGUUGGGGCGCUAUUGAGUGGCUAGGUCCUCAAUCAUCUCAGCUGCAAGACGUGACCAUCUACACCGUGAACCGCCAGAUCUGCGCCGAGAGGUAUCUAACCCUCAAUCCUCCUCGCCAAGUCACGGGGAACAUGAUCUGCGCUGGUAUCCUGGACGUGGGAGGCAAGGACGCUUGUCAGGGUGACUCUGGCGGACCAAUGUACCUCGGCGAUAUCAUAGUUGGUGUUGUCUCGUGGGGACAUGAGUGUGCCAACGACACCUACCCAGGAGUCAGCGCUGCUGUUGGACCCUACUCUGACUGGAUCGUCGCUACUGCUGUUUAAGAUUCUAUUUUAGAGUAAAUAAAGUUUUCGCUGUA